AUAAAAAAAAAAAAAAAACCUCAAAUCAAAUCAAAUCAAGUGAGAUAGAAUGUUUUCCUGCACAGAGAUGAUCACCAUGUGUCUUCAAGCUGCCAAACACCAGCACUUCAGGAGGCAGCAGGAAGUGGACCAGAACCAAAAUCAAAGCAUCUCCUUAUUCCAGGACAUAUUUCGGCGGGCAGACAAGAACGAUGACGGGAUGCUGUCUUUGGACGAGUUCCAGUCCUACUUCACUGAUGGUAUCCUGACGGCUGAGCAGAUGCAGGAGCUGUACUCCACCGUCGACAGACAGCAGACAGACAAUCUGGACAUAAACGAACUCUCAGAGUACUUCAUUCCAUAUGUGGGAGAAUACGUCAAUGUCCUGUCGGCUCUGGAAAAGCUGAAUGUUGCCGUUUUGAAGGCGAUGGAUAAAACCAAAGAGGAGUAUCAGGGUUCGUCUGUGCUGGGCCAGUUUGUGACCCGCUUCCUGCUGAGGGAGACCUCCACUCAGCUGCAUUCCCUUCAGUCAUCACUGGACUGUGCUAUGGAGGCGGUGCAGGACCAGAGCCGCGCUGGAUGGAGGAUGGUGAAGAAACCUGAGGACCUGCCCGUCCAGAGGACGACCAAACGCCCCAGUCGGCGCAUCCAGAAGAACAUGUGUCUCUCUCCGACUGAUCCGUACUCUGGCAUGCUCACUACUGGGGUCAGCGUGGAGCCAGACAACCACUGGGGCUCCCAGAUCACCCGGCUGGAGCAGCUCAUCAACAAACUCAAGUGUGAGAGUCCACAUCUCGAACCUCUCAAUGAGGACACGUUAUCGGGGACGUAUAAAUCGAACAUUCUUUUGGUGCAGAGACAAAUGUUGGUGAAGGAGAGCGACACGGAGCAGUUUCAACAAACUCUAAAGAUCUACUCAGAUGCCACCAGCAGCCAGACGAGCAACCUGCAUGUUUCAGUCCAGAACCUCGCAGACAGAUCGUGCUUCAUCAUGUAUGAGUUUUGGCAGGACCGUCUGUCCUGGAUGAGCUACCUGCAGUCGUCCAUCAGUAAAACCUUCCAGCGCUGCAUUAUGAACUCGCUGGAAGAGCCGGAGAUUGUCUCCACCAUGCUCCUCCCAGCUUCCUGGUGGAUUAUGAACAACAACUGAUGGAGCCAAGCUGCUGCGAUUUGGCACAAAGAGAGUGGAGCAGCUUCUUCUUUCAUGUGCAUUUUCCUCAAGGCAUGAACAGGAGUGUUUGUGCACAAAAAAAUUAAAAGACCGAUGCUCCACAGAUGUAAAAUAAAAUAUAAAAAAGAGAUGAAGAAUAUAAUAAUAACUGACCGCUUAGAUGAAUGAGUCAGGAGUAAAGCGAGUGAGAUAAAGAACUGAGGAACGUUUUUAUGAUGUGAACUGGAUCUGUGCACAAGAAAUUCCAGGGUUUGCAUGAUUUCUAAUUUCUCACUGCAAGUUUAUUUCCUUCAGAGCAACAUCGUAGUUAUAGUGUCGCAAAAAUUAGGAACAUGAAUGAUGACUAAUCUGUCCAUCCAGUAGGCUUUUUUUCGUUUCCUCAGUAGAUGAAAUCCGAAGUUGUGAUCCGUGCAUCUCCUUGUCUUCUCUGUGGUGUUGUGAUCUUCGUCACCUUCAAAGCUUCACUCGUGAUGAUGGACUUUGUGCGAGUGAUUAAUCGUGGUCCACAUCUGAUCUUUACCGUCCAUGUUUCACUUCCUGCACUUUAGAAAAACCAUGAGCUAUGGACCAACGCGUGUGAGGAAUCACCUGUUGUAGAUCAUUUCUGCACGACAGUAACUGCUCACCAGACUUUGCUUUGACCUUUAUUUUUGAACGCGUUUGAAACUCAGAAGCCAUCCACAGUGUGCACAAACCUCACAGAACUCACAAAAAAUAUCUAUUUUGAGUACAGAAUAAUAAUAAUAAAAAGAAGAAGUAGGUUAGAAAGGAAGCUUCUUUAGAAUGUGUACAGUGAACAAUGUCAUUGUUGUAGAAUUUUGGUAAAUUGUUCCGAUAAUGUCAGAAACGAAUGUGUUAAAUCUUAAUAAAGUCUUCAUUCCUUCGUUUAAAGAGAAUAUACAGUUAUGUGGAUGCUAUGUUUAUAUUAUGGCAUGAAAUAAAGUUCAUGACAUGAAC